AUGGCUGAACCAAAAGCAGACCCAAAAACUCCUCCAUCAUCAGAAGAAAAGGAUGUAAAAGCACCAAAUUUGAUGGAAAGAGCCAAGGAAGAGAUUGAAGCAAUAAAUCGUAGUGGAAAAUCUCCACACCAUCAUAAAGAAACACAUGGAAGAAGUGAUGAUAUUGACGAGGAUACUCCCACGGAUGAAGUUAAAGCACCAGGUGUGUUUGGACGAGUCAAGGAAGAAAUCGAGGCCCUUGUUCAGGCAAUUCAUCCUAAGAAGGACAAGAGCGAUGGUGAUGGAUCGUCUUCUUAG